UCGAGAAAGUACAGUUCGCGAAAGGAAAUUACAAAAGAGUGCAUACUGGAAGCACAAACGUUUGCAGUAAACUUCCACACUGCAUAUUUUGACUUACCAAGGCUCACAUUUGAUACAUUCGAGCAAAUGAUUUAACCAAUAUAUUAUUAUUAACAUCAAUAAUAAUAAAUAUUAGAAAGCAAAAAGCAAGGGAGAGAAAUAAGACAUGGCCGUCGCGACAGUUAAUUACACCUCCGGCCUAUACCAAAAAUUGCUGAAACAUAUAGUUGGUGAAGCGGCAGUACUGCAGAAUGUCGUAGUGAUACCCCAAAGACCCCGCAGUAUCUAUUGUAGUACUAUGUAUCGUCUUCAUUUAAGGUAUACCCUGGAAAAUGAAAGUGAAGAAUCUGAAGAGGAAGUUGAACACCAAGAAGCUGGGGCUAAAAACCGAGUUAUAAAAAUUUUUGUUAAAGAUGUCCCAUCCGCUUUUUUUUCUAUUUCCAAAGAGCACAUCUUAUAUGGAGAAAUUUUACCCAGGAUUAAUCAAAUCUUACAUUAUUGUGGAACAACGCGGAUAUCACCAAAGUUAUAUUACGCCCUAACUCAAGGCGGAUCAACACACAUGCUGGAAGACCUCUCAGCUAUUGACUAUGUGACGCGACCACGUACUAUUGGUUAUAAUGAAGACGAAGCACGUUUUAUUAUCAAGCGUUUAGGCGAGUUUCAUGGGGCAUCUUAUUUCUAUACGUCAUCGCAUUCCGAAAUCAUCGGAAAGUUGCAACGCAUAUAUCAAGGCAGUUUGGAGUCCAAUAACAUUUUCCUGGAGGAAAAAUUGGUAUAUAAUAUAGAAUAUGCUAGUGAUAUUGUUGGCUCUUGGCCUGGCUAUGAAUGCAUUGCAAUGAAAAUGCGUAGAAAUACGCGUGAAACGUUUCGUAAUAAAUUUUUACCAUUAUUUGAUGUAGGCGCUGCUAAAUUCAGUGUAAUUACGCAUGGUGAUAUGUGGGUAGAAAAUGUACUGUUGAAGUACGAUGAGGAUGAUGGCUUACCGGAGGAUGCUAAAUUUGUGGAUUAUCGUAAUUGCAGUUAUAGCAGUCCCGCUUUCGACUUACAUAAUUUUCUUAUAACCAGCCUACAAUUACCUGUACUUAUGAAUCAUACUGCUUCACUGAUUGAAGAUUAUUAUUCGUCAUUCUAUUCAGUUUUACUUAGUAUACACUAUCCUCACGAUAGAAUACCAACAUUCGAUUGCGUUUUGUCGGAACUACGCCGCACCGAAUAUUAUAGUUACUAUUUACUUAUGUAUCCAUUCGCUGAAGCUAUGUUAAGCGAGGAUUUAGCGUAUGAAAAAUCGUCUUCCCUUAAUAAUGUAGAUAGUGAUCUGUUGGAGCGUUGCCGAAAAAAUAUCUAUAGCAAUCCACGUGUUUUGGAAACGUACAAAUAUAUAUUGAAGACUUUUGAACAGAAUCAUUUACUAGACGAAUAGAGAGAAAUAUAGUGUAUAUGUGUAUAUGCAUGUAUUGUAUAUGUACCUACAAGUGUAAAUAGGUAUAAGUUAAUUAAUCAAAAUCAAAUUUAUCAAAAGUAUUGUUUAAGUAUAUAGUUUAUAUGUACUGUUGUGUAUAUGAAAAUGUCUGUGGAGGUCUUCCAGUUUUUGUUUAGCAGAAAUUCAAAUUCAACUUUUUUAUAUAGAUUUGACAAGCAGCAAUGUACAUAUUUAUAUUAAUAAUUUUUUUCUUUUAUUGAUUUGUGUUGUCUGGAGUUUAUAUUAAAGUUACGAUUUUUUAAUUUCUAAUAUUCUAGAUUUAAAAAAAAUAUGUAUCAAUAG